AUGGAAGCGGUUGAUAUUUCUAGUUUAAAGGAGGUUAACCAUGACAAAAGACGAUCUAAUAUUCGAAAUACUAGAGGGUUAUCACCAACAGAACUCAUUUUGUCAGCUUUUGGUGAGGAUUAUCAGUUACAAGUAUCUAAACCGGAAUCCGUGUUGCACCCGGAAGCCAGAAUUGUAACCAGGAAUGAUGACGGCGACCAAGAGUGGAAGGGAAUUAUUCCGGAUUGCUUUUUGGUCGGUCAUGUGACCUCACACAACGGCACUGCUUCCCUGUCACAUUGUGAAGGCUUGAAAGGAUCACUAACCACACGAUCUGGAGAUUUCCAGUUGAGAGAACUUCCCAAAGUUCACAAUAAAGGACUCAAUUUCUCAGACGAAGAUACCGUUCUUGUGAUUGGCAAAAUGAGACCACAAUACAAAACCGGUGGGGCAAGUGUGAAUGUCAAAGAUGUCAGUCUUUCUGCACUGGAUGACCAAAUAAGAAAACUUAAGGACAAAUAUAGAAGACAGACCACCACAAAGGAUGUCGUUGUUGAACUGGCGGUGUACACAGACAGCAAAUACACAGAACGACUUCGAUUCAAGGACACUGCCAGGAGAGUUGAACUUAUGAUCGUGAAAUAUAAUGGGGUACAAAUGGAGUAUUCUAGAUCAGAUGCUCUCGGUUACAACGUAAAAAUCCAGAUUAAAUAUUUUGGUUUUUGGGAGAAAGAUCCGAACUGCGAGUUUUAUCAUAGCUGUGUGGAUCUCAACGAAGGGAAUUUAUUUGGAAAAAUAUUUACGUCAAAAUUGGGCACUCUUACCGGAAUAUACUGCGACACAGGCAAAAUAUGUGUCAAACGGAAAUGCGCGACAUUUGCGGAGCUCAGUCUAAAACCAGGCGUGGUCAGACCCGGGGGAUGGGGACCGUGGGCAGAUUGGCAGCCUUGCUCCAGGACUUGUGGGACAGGGCUAACUUACAGAAGGAGAUUAUGCAACAAUCCAAGUCCUCUGAACCACCCAGGCUGUGAAGGCGGAGAUGACAAUGGUUAUGAGGCCAGGACUUGCAGUUCCGAGCCCUGCCACAAUGAGAGUUCAGACAUGAAAACUCUUAUAAAUCAGCGGGCGUCUGAAACCUGCAGUAGAUUGUUAAAGAAUAACGUAUUAGAUUCCAAAAAGUACACAUCAGUUGGAAGAAUAAUGGACUGGCAUGAGCAUAUGAAAUGCGAAGUGUCGUGUGAAGCGGUUCCGGAUUACACUACUCCAGAUUUUACAAGGUUUGGGUUAAUGCCCCAGGGUACUCCAUGUGAAGGACCCACUGUAUUGUUGGAAAAAAACAAGCUUGGCAAAAGAACCUACAGAUGUUUGGACGGCUUUUGCAGGUUUUUUGGCUGUGACGGUAAGCUUAACGCCGAGUAUGAUGAUUGUGGUGUCUGUAAGGGAGAUGGUUCUACGUGUGACGUAGUGGAAGGGAUUUAUAAAGAGACUAUUGCACAAGGUUCAAGAAACCUUAUUACGGAGAUACCUGUUGGGGCGUAUAACAUACAGUUCUGGUUUGAUUUUUUUAAAAUGCGUUGGAACCUCAUAGAAAUCUACAACAAAGACGGACUUGCAAUUAUCUCUAGCUUGCUUAAAGGAAUUUGGGAUACGACAAAAAACCCUUUGAAUUUCGCCGGAACGUACUGGACUUAUGUUUUCUCGAAACAAUACGUGUAUGCGAAAGGACCAAUCACUGAACCUGUCAUAGUUAAGCACUACCAAUACAGGAACAAUAAAAAUACUGGCAUUAGCUUUGCGUAUGCUUUACCCAAAUAUGGACAAUGUGCUAAUGGAGGAUUGUUUAACACAAAGAUCUGCUCCUGUAACUGUCCCAGUGGGUUUUAUGGAAACGACUGCAGGAGUCGCUGUAACACAUACUGCUACAACGGAGCAACAGUUGAUCAGUCCAGCUGCGCAUGUCAGUGCAAAGAACACCAGACCGGAAGACAGUGUAAAUGUGAGGAAGGGUACGGCGGUGAAGACUGUAAAACGAAAUUAUAG